UUUCUUUUACUGCUAGAACACUACCUUACCACCUUCAAAGAUACAAGUCAAUUAUAUUGCUUUCAAAAUUUGGCACAAGACCAGCAAUUUUGUGGUUGGGGUGGGGGAGGGGUAAAUCGAUUACAUCGACCCCCAGUGUUCAACUGAUGCUCAUUUUAUCGACCCCGAAAGGAUGUAAGCCAAAGUCAUUCUUGGCCGAAUUUGAACUCAGAACAUCAAGAUAGACAAAAUGCUACUAAGCAUUUUGUCCAGUAUGCUAAUGGUUCUACCUGCUCACCACAUUAUAUAAGUCAAUUAUAUUACGUGAUUGAUACCUGUUUUAUCAGGCUUGAAAUGAUGUGAAAGCAAAAUUUGAACUCAGAACAUGGACAUAACCAAGUGUUACUAGAGUUCAAGAUCCUGGUAAUUUAAGUCUGGAGGAUUUGGUUUACAAGGAUCAGAAAAAUAGACAACCAAAAGAACAAAACCAGCAUUAUGAAAGAACCUCAAGUAGGAUGCUGUUGAAUGGCAUCAGUACUAAUCCUAGCCUUCUCAAACAGAAGAUAUGUAAGAGAAUUUAUUACACCACAGAUAAUAAGUCUGUUGGUGUUGAAAUUCCAAGCAUCAGUUAAGUAAACCAGGUAGCUAAAAAUGCUACUGCCUCUUUAAAUCAAACUGUCUAUUGGUCUUAAUAACUUCCACUAAAAAUAAGUUUCACAAAGAAUCCACUGCCGGGAUAAUAAUGGCAGCCUCACUCUCAUUGCCAUCUCGUCCGGCGACAAGAAACUGUAAAAUAAAUAUGAAUAAAAGCGCUGUAAAUGUAAAAAUGAAUGGCUCUCCUCAUAAAACUCCUCAUAAAACUCCUCAUACCACUUCUACACCAGCAAAGGUCCAAAUUUCCAAGAAGACUAUUGUUCAAAAUGGUUUUCUUCGGAAUGGAUUUGUAUCACCACUGCUCCCAAAGAAUGAAACAAGACUAUCACCGGUCAAACAAAAAGCACUCCCUCGCAAGAGGAAGAGAUCUCAAAGGACAAAAAAAGUGAUGGAUACAUCAAAAAGACUUUCUACAUGUUCAACACCUAGAAGAAGAACUAGAAGGAAAAUUCUCAAAGCUAGGCAUGAGAGAACUGCAGUGAAUAAACUAGGUUCUGAGAAGAAAAGCAUUACAAUGUCAUUGAAAAAGAAGUUGUCUAAAACUAACUCUAUUAGUCCAGCCACACAGUUCAGGACAAAAAUGAACUCCAACCUGAGGGUGAGCAAAUCAAUUUCCAAGGUUCAGUCUACUUCAGGGAAUAAAGUAAGAUCCAAAAGACUGAGACAACAGACAUCUUCACCUCCAAGAUCUUCGAGACAACCAAUAAAUAACGAAGUAACUAGCACUCCAAAAAUUGACAAUUUGAACCUAUCUCCAAGUCUACCAACCAUGAUGAAUGAACCCUUGACCCCUGCUGAAACACCACCCAUUCAUACAGCAGAUGCAGACCUGCCAUCGUUCCUGAAGGAGCAGGCCUACCCUAUCAAAUGUCCACCAUUCUGUAACAAAUACUGCACCAACAAACACAGCAAACUACUUUUAGCUCUUCUUAACUGUGAUGACGGUGCUGCCGACUUUAAGGAGUCAGCUUCUUUCAAGAAUUUCCUGAACACUAUUAAUUAUUAUGAGAAAAAGAACUGGAGGAAAAAUUCAGCCAUAUUUGAUAUGAAUCCCGAAUAUCGAUACCCAUUGAUGCACUGGGCAGCAAUUCUUAGUAAAUUAAAUAUUUUGAAGUGGUUGGCAUCUGCAGGUUAUAACAUAAAUGUUCUACACACCAACACAGGAGACACUGCUUUGCAUCGAGUCUUGCUGUGUAUCAGGGCAAUACGGAUAAAUAAUCCUGUAAUGGUGAAGAAAUUUCCUCAGAUUCUUGAAAUUCUGGAACCGAAUUUAAAAAUUAAAAACAGGGCAGGUUUAACACCAUUCCUCACAAGUUGUGAGACCGUUGGCAUGGAUGGUCGAGCACAUUACCGAAAUGUUGAUCUUCUUAGAGACAUCUUGAACUUUGCUAAAGAGCGCCCAGGAUUACUGAAUAUUUUGUUCAAUCAGCAGACAAAACAUGGGCAGAGUGCUCUCCAUUUGCUUGCUCUGAAUGAUAAGGCAUUAGGGGCAAUGAAAAUGUUGGUGGCUGCUGGAGCUAAUGUGCAGUGUUUAAACAAAGAGGGUCAAACCCCUUUCUCACUAGCGGUUAACCUUGGUCAAUUACGAGUGGCUCAGUACUUAGAAAAACAUCCUUUGAAUAUCACUCCUCCAUGUAUAGACACUCCAUUAUCGAGUGCACCUUCAUCAGGAGCCUCCUCUUCUAACUCUCCAUCUGAGAGCAACGGAGACCACUUACAUCCACAUGAAGCAACAGAUGUUGGCCCCAGUGCAGUCAGUUCAACAAGUAAUGCUGCCAGUGAUACCUGCACCCCACCUUUUUCAAAGAGAAUCAAAGUGGAAGGCCCUCUGCCUAGCGACUACGAAUCUGAUGUCAGUGAAAACACAGGACAGUAUUCUUCAUCAAGAGACUAUCCAUCUAAAGUUAAACAUGUAUUUAGAAAAUGUUCUAACAACACUUCUGACGGAAUUUUGAAGCAAUAUUUCCACAUCUGCAAUGACAGUGCUCGAGAAAACCUUAUUGCCAGUAUCAACAUGGACAAAAAUGAGUGUUUGCAAGACCUGAAAGUCACUGAAGAAAGAUUGGCAGCUUUAUCGCGACAAAUUGAAUCCAUAUGUGCAGAGAAACACAAAAAAGAGACUGAAAUACGUCGACUUAUGGUAGAGAUAAAAGGGUUUGAUCGGAGUUUGGAGAAACUGAAAGAAGAGAAACAAGAGCUGACAGAAAAGUCCUCCUCACUUGAUGCUAAAAUCUCUCUAUGUGUGUCUGUCUUAAAGAUGGUCCUCAACAAAAACACAUGAUCUCAACUUUGUUUGUAUGUUCUGUUGCAGAAUGCAGCUCAUUCUGAGAGUUUACCAUCCAAGAAAUUAUUCUAGCAACCCCCAAAACCAUCCAUCUCUUUCUCGUGUUGUAGAAACCAAUGAGAAAGAAGGGGAAGGAAAAAAUAACCCACAAAAUUGGAGAAAAUGAAUUGACAGAAAUGACUUUAUAUUGUUUAUAUAUAUAUAUAUAUAUACACACACACACACACACACAUGUACAUAUUCAUACACACACCUAGUGUCUUGACUUUUGAGUUUAAUGAUAUCAAUACGUACACAUGUAUAUAUAUAUAUAUAUAUAGAUGUAGGUAUAGGUGUAUGGUUAAGAAGUUCACUUCCCAGCUACAUGGUUUCAGAUUUAGUUCCACUGCACAGCACCUUGAGCAAGUGUCUUCUACUAUAGCCUCAAGCUGACCAAAUCCAUGUGAGUGUGGUUGGCAGAAACUAAGAAGUCCAUGUGCAUCAUAUAUACAUGUAUAUGUGUAUGUAUAUAUGCAUGAAUAUGUGUGUGUGUGUUUGUUUAUACAUGUGUCUCCUUGUCUUGACAUCAUAUGAUAGUUCUAAACAAGCGUCACCGUACAAGCAGUGUUGUUCAUUUUCAAUCCUCCAUAAAAUCACGCCUGGCUAUGGGGAGAUAUCACCUUACUUAGAAACAGGUUCAGGUUACAACAGGAAGAGCAUCCAGCCGUAGAAAAUCUGCCUCAAUAAAUUCUUUCUGACCUAUGCAAAUAUGGAAAAAUGGGCAUUAAAAUGAUAACGAUGAUGAUGAUGAUGACGAUGAUGAUGAUGAUGAUACAAACAGCACACACACACAUUUUCCUUCUCUUCAUUGUCGUUUUAUUAUCCAUUUCUGUUGUAUUAGCAUAGGUUGGAUAAGUCUGCACUACAGCAAGCAUAUUACCAUUCUUUAUGUUGUGUCAUCUCAUUUGUGAAUCUUAACAUUCUGAGAUCCAACAUCUUCACUUCCUCUAUAUUGCUCUACCAUUUUUUGCUUCCACUGAUGCUUCAGUCAAAUCUCUUGGCAUACAUCAUCCACUCAAAUCACAUGCCCUGUAUGUUUCAGAUGAUAUCUUUAAUGCCUGAGCCAUUCUCUGACCUCUCCAGAUCAUCCACAUUUGUCUCUCUCUGCCACAUAGCAUAUUUUCUUAUACAUAAUUCCUGCAGAGAGGAAUGCUUUCUAAACAAUUCUUUAAACUUCUAGUUACUAUGCUCUUGUAAUUACUUUUUAUGCUAAUCAGAUCACUUCAAUAACACACUACCAUCUAUGUCUAGUGAACUGUCUGAAAUUAAGUUCAAGCAUUCCAGGGCUUAUAUUUCAAGAGUGCUAUGUCUGUAUAUCUCUCAUCUCUGCAGUCCUGGUUCUCUCUCUAAUAAUCUACCAGAGAUUUCACUUCAUCUUUAGUAUGCACACAUUGUUUGUACUAAAUAUACACCAUCAGGUUCCUAUCUGUUCCCUUCCUACAUACUGCGUAAGGCCAUAACUGAAAUGGUUCUGGUAUUUUGUGUUCUCUUUCACUAAUUAGUGCUUUGUAUUUUACUAUGUUGACUGUUGGGCCUUUGGAUCAUUCUUUAAGGUUUGAAAUUUCUGCACAUCUUUAACAGAUUCUACAAUGAGAUUUGGAUCAUCUAGCAUAUAGAAUAUCCAAAAAACAACCAACUUUGAACACAUACAGUAUUAUAUCUUCAUUCACUAUAAUGAAGGAGGCGGAGGACAGAGUUCUGGUUAACACCUACCUCAUAAAAUUCACUGUAUAUUCUAGCUUUGGCAUCUUUUCUUUGCAAUGUCUUUUGUUUUUUAACUUUCUUUCUCUCAUUUUAUCCUUUUAUAUCACUCUCUCUCUUUCUCUAACAAAUAUUUUUAUAUUUUUCACUCAUGCUAAUGAAACAGCAUCAACAUGGUUACACAGCCUGUUAGAAGCUGCAAUUAGUUCUCUACCAAGUCCCGUCCUGCUGUUUCAAAUGGAAAAACAGGAAGGAAACAUUGGACAGUAUCACCCUAGAUACACAAAAACACAGUGUGGUCCUUGCCGGGUUCCCCCAUAUUGUAGAUCUGCUCAAUCAGGGCUAGCAAAAACAGCAGCAACAUCUCUCAAGCUUGGGUAUCAAAUGUAAUUUCAGUUUUCUGCAUUUUCACUACUCAUGUCGAUUGUUAAUUCCAUUAUAGAAAAGUGCAGUUUUUGAGAUGCAUUGCUGACUCUGAAGAGUUCAGGUUCUAAUCUAUUUGGGUGCCCUUACAAAACAGGUUCAAGAUCUUGCCAUAAAGAUGUAAUCUUAAAUUUUGUAAUAUAAAUGAAAUUAAAUGCAAUUUUCCUAAUAUAAUAUUUAAUUAUAAUAUAUGUGUGUGUGUAUGUAUGCCUGUGUAAGAAUAUAUAUAAAUCUGUGCGCAUGUGUAUAUAUGUAUGUAUAUAUAUAUAUAUAUGUAUCUGUGUGUGUGUGUGUGUGUGUAAUAAUAUAAACUAACACGUAUGAUAUGCUCAUAGAUGGUUCUGAUUGAUUAAAGUUGAUACUUUACUUACCAUAAAAAUAUCUCAGACUAUACACAGCACUUCAAAUGCUGUAAUCAAAAACACCUCAACCUCAUUAUAUUCUUACAGUAAAAGUAACAAAAUAGUAAUCAGAAAACUGAUAAUGUAAAACAGGUUUGUGAAAACUGAUAUCCUAAUAUGAAAUGUACCAAAUAACCAAUGAAAUUGUGCCUCAUGUAUUUAUAUUAUAUAAUAUUGUGUUGUUAAGGAAGGUACUUCAUUUUUAUAUUGCUUCAGUUUAUUCAGCUGAAAUGAAAGCCAAUAAUAAAAGGGAUUUGAUUUUGCAAUAAACGGACUGGGCUCUUGUACAAAGGGUGAUGUUGUAGCUUAUAUACUUUAAAUAAUUGGCUGAAGAAACAUUUUAAACUUAUUGGUUGUGUGUGUGUGUGUGUAUAAACAAACCAUGCAAGCAUGGAAAACACAUUAAAUGACAACAGCAAUGAUUGAUAUAUAUAUAUAUAUAUAUACACACAGACAUACACACACAUAUACAUACAUACAAAAACAUGUGCACACACGUACACACACAUGCACGUGUGUGUUUAUGUGGUAUCACAAUUUUCUUUUCAAUAGUGGCAAAACAUUGGCUGAAUGAAAACAAUAGGCUGUGAGAGAAUUAGGGGAUGGCUUCUAAGGUGGCACGUUUGGCUAAAUGAUUACUGGGAGGAUUGAUUGCGUGAUUUGAGUGGUGAGAAGAUAAAAGAUGAGUAAGGUGAGGAGUUGCUGUACAAUGCUGGUACAUGGCCAACAGGCCUCAUGGAGCAUGAACUAGUGUUAUAGUGGGUGAACAGGCUUGUCUGGGGGGCUGAAAGUGAUGUGUACUAUAUAUAUAUAUAUGUAUAUAUUUAUGUGUGUGUGUGUGUAUAUA